CUUUCACGAUAACAUCCAUCGCGACUUUUUUUCUUUGGAAUUAUUUUAAUGAUUUUAUAACGUGAGUUUUAAUGAUUAAUGAAAAAUGAAUGAAAGCAGUUAUGUAUAUGUGUGUGCGGCGUUUUCUGCUAUUGGUGGUUUACUUUUUGGGUAUGAUAUCGGUGUCAUAUCCGGAAUCCUUACUAUGUCUCACUUCCGCGAAAAGUUUCCCUCUGGACCUGCAAAAGAAGGAUCAAUUGUAUCUUCGCUGUUAGCAGGAUGUUUUUUUGGCGCACUUGUUUCAGGAUAUUUUGCUGAUAAAAUUGGUAGAAAAUUCUCGAUUCUUGGUGCAUCUAUGGUGUUUAUUGUCGGUAGUGUUUUGCAAGCAACUGCUACGACUUUUAUUCAAUUGUAUUUUGGAAGAGUCGUUGCUGGCGUAUCAAUUGGUAUACUUUCUAUGAUCGUACCUCUGUAUCAAUCUGAAAUAAGUCCAAAAGAAAUUCGUGGUCGUUUAAUAUCUUUUCAACAAUGGUCAAUUACUAUAGGGUUUGCAAUUUCAUUUUGGAUUAAUUACGCUACAGAAAAAUUUGAUUCAUCUGCACAAUGGAGGAUUCCAUUAUGGAUACAAAAUGUUCCAGCAUUAAUACUUGCCUUCGGGAUGCCUUUUCUUCCAUUUUCACCACGCUGGUUGGUACAUUCCGAUCGUGACGAAGAAGCAAUAACAGUAUUAGCAAAAUUACGAGCCGGUGGCGAUAGAACUGCAGUGGCUGUACAGAAGGAAUACACGGAAAUCAAAGAUAAUGUGAGAUUCGAACGAGAAUUUGCUGCAAAAAAUUAUUCUGAAUUGGUUAAAAGAGGGCCCGAAAAUAUUCGUAGAAGAGUAUUAUUGGGAAUCUUUAUUCAGAUUUUUCAACAAUUGAAUGGAAUAAAUGCUAUUAUGUUUUAUGCACCUCAAAUUUAUAAUAAUGCCGGAAUUGAUCUUUCUACAGGAAUUAACGGGUUUGUAAACAUAUUAGCUACAAUUCCUGCAAUACUUUGGGUAGAUCGUUGGGGACGUAGACCAACUUUAAUAUCGGGAAGCAUAAUAAUGGGAGCAUCAAUGUUGGUCAUAGGAAGUAUAUUAGCAAUAAAUGGAACAAAGUAUUUUGAUAGUUCACUAGGAAAAAAUUUCAUAAAAUUAGAUAAUAAAGCAAGCUCCUUAGCUGUUAUUAUUUUUAUAUAUAUUUUUGUGGCUGGUUUUGCUUAUUCAUGGGGUCCGACCAGAUGGAUUUAUCCUGCUGAAAUCUAUCCAUUACGUAUUCGAGGUAAAGCAAUGUCUAUAACAACUGCGUUUAAUUGGUUAUUUAAUUUCGUUCUUGGACAAAUUGUACCGAUUUUAUUGAAUAGUAUUACAUGGGGUACAUAUAUAAUUUUUGGAAUAUUUAGUAUUAUAAUGGCAAUAUCUGUACACAUAUUUUACCCAGAAACAAAGGGAAAUUCAUUAGAAGAAAUGGAUAGUAUAUUCAGUAAUAUUCAUCCAAAUAAUAUUUCUAUUUCAAGACAACAUUAUCCACCAUCUCCACUUAAUAGUGAAAGUAUUAAUAUUGGUCAACAAAGAGAAAAUUUUAGAGACCUGGAAAGUGGAAUACCCGAAGAAGAGGAAGAAGAGAUUUAUUUAUCUACUUAACAAAUAUAAUUAGACCUUUAAAA